CGUCCGAGGCGCAGUAACGAGAACGGCACGUGUCGGCUUCCUCGGUAGCCGUCCUUCCCGAUACCCUAAUCCCCGGCGGUAGUGCGCGUCGACAUGCGUCCCCUGCUAGGCUUGGCGUCGUCGCCGCCGCCGUUGCUGCUGCUGCCGGUCUUCCUCCUCCUCCUUCUCCAGCUGCUCGGGCACGGCUCCGCGGAGAUGAGCGAGAGGCUCGCGCGCAAACUGAACGAGACGAUGGCACUCCAGUCGGUAGCCUAUAGCCGCGUCAAUGAGACCGGACUGGCCUACAAUGCCACCACGAAGUUCAAUCCGCGCGGCAUGGGCCAGCUGUACAACGUCACCAACAUGUUCAUCGACCUCGUGCAGCGCAAGCAAGCCUACCCCGAGGGUAUGAUACGGUUGGUGAACGGAACGCCAGUACUUGCCGAUCCAACUUCGGAGUGGCACAUAAUUUUGACCCAUUACGGUGGAUUAGCUGGUCUGGGCCUGGCCGGAAUACUCCUUGCAGCAGUCCUUCCUUGCGUGGGCCUCUUUUUCUGCUGCUGCAGAUGCGCCGGAAACUGCGGCGCUCGCAGUGAGCCCUUUGACAAAAAGCACGACCAUUGUCGUAAAAUCAUGCUGAGCGUCAUUCUCAUCGGUUUCGCAACAAUUCUCCUGUUUGGGGUUGUUUGUGCCUUUGCCACCAAUGAGCAGAUGCAAGAAGGCACGCGCGACUUGCCGAAGGCUGCGCGCACGAGUCUCGGUGAUGUCAAGCUGUACCUGGGUACGACCAAGCGUCAGGUCGAGACGUUAUUGAAGGUGAAUUAUGAUGAGCUCGAGCUGGCACUCAAUGUUAUACUGCAAGCAAGUGGGAAAAUUGUCACCGAGCAGCUUGCUGAGUCAUCGCAUGCCGUGUCGCUUAUGAAUCUAAACGACAUUGUCGCCGGACUCGAUAACAUACGCAAAGAUUUAAAGAUGAUGAAUGACAUUACAAAAGAACUCAGAAACAACGCUUCCCACCUCGAAAUCCUUGUCCGGAAGGUACGUGGCAAUCUCCUUCAAACCUUGACGAACUGCGGCACGCAGGACUGUAAAGAUGUGAUGCACAAAUACAAGAUUAGCGAGAUGACGGUUAAAGUGGACUUCGAUAAGUACUUGGACCGAUACUUUCCAAAGCUACCUGAUCUCGAUGUCACAUAUGUGCUUAACAACAUUUCACAUCUCAUGGACGACAAUAUCGUAAUGGAAGUGCGCAAGGGUAUGGACCAAUUUAUGAACAUCCAGAAGGAGAUACAACAAGCAGUGAACCAAACGAUACCGAUAGUGAGUGCGAGUAUAAGACGUGCCGGCGAAUCCCUUGCCACGGUCGCAAGCAACAUCAUUCAACUAAUCGAUCGACUCAAUAUCGACAUUGAUAAGAAAUAUGUGCCGCAAUUGGAAUUCGCAAGACGACAUAUCGAGCAGUACUCGCCUUACAGGUAUUACUUGGGAUUAGGUAUCUCGAGCAUUCUCCUAACAGUUCUUAUGUGCCUGAGCUUUGGAUUAUUGUGCGGUAUUUGCGGGAAACGGCCGGAUGGUUAUGGUGAUGACUGCUGCAACAAGGGCUCAGGGGCGCGCUUCCUUAUGAUGGCGGUAUGGAUAAUUUUCCUACUGACGAGUAUACUGAUGAUCAUUACGGUCGUACACAUGAUAACCGGAGUCCUAGUAGAACGGGCGAUCUGCGAGCCUCUUAAAAAUCCGAGCGACAACAGGAUGUUCGAGCUGGUUGACGAGUAUUUGCAGAUCAAACGAGUUCUAUAUCCGAAGAAUCCGCAUGCCGACAUAAAUAUGAGUUAUAUACUUAACACUUGCCACAAAAACGAGACGAUUUACAGGGUACUGAAGCUACAAUAUAUUAUCGACGUAGAUUCGUUGAGGGGGUAUAUCGAUCGUUACGAUAUCAAUCAGACAAUCCACCAACUGGAGCAAAAGAUCAGUCUCUCGCACGAUUACAAAAUCAUAAGCGAAGCGGCGAGAGAGAAACUCAACGCCUUGGCACAAAGUGGAUUGAGCGACAUUAAAUUUUAUCAAUACACUGAAAAUCUGAGAGAUAAUAUCACGAAUAUUAAUCUCGAGCAAUUGGGAAGUAAGCUGCUUGAUCUGGCCUUGAGAUUACCUAGAGGUUACGACAAUGUCAAGGAAGACUUGUUAAAAAAUGCCUACGAUCUCGAAGGGUACCACCGCGACAUUGUCAACCCUAUGAGCAAUUUGAGCAGCUUACUGAGCAGUAGUGCCAUAGAGCUACAAGAGCACAUCAAAUUUAAUCAUACAUCUAUGGCACAAGCUAUUCAUUCUUUAGUCGAUGAGGUUGAUAAGGCCCAGAUAUUCAUUACCGAAAGUGGACCUGCACACGUUAAAACGCUUGCUGCAGAGUUUGGUAAAGCAUUUAUCUAUCAAGUUAAUAGCUACCUCAAUUAUGUGAUAAAUAAUACUCUAACGAAAGUUGGUAAAUGUGGACCGAUUUCAAAUGCUUAUAACGCAACAAUCGUGUCUGGUUGUAAUAAAAUCCUAGAUCCCUUUAAUGGAUUUUGGGCAAGUGUCGGAUGGUGUUUGGUUCUUUUCAUCCCGACAAUAGUUUUGUGUGUAAAACUAAGUGCUUUGUAUCAAAAGUCAGAUCCUUAUCCAGGUCCUUUAGUUGAAUCUGAAUAUUUGUAUGACGCAUAUGCGGACAGGGAUAACGUGCCGCUUGCUCACGUCCACGAUAAAAAGUACGUAGCUCACGGCAGACAUCACCCGGUCGGUGGCUACCCUGAGAUCUACAAUGGUCCGGCGAUCGGUUAUUCCGAUCGCGAGCAUAUCGCGGAUGCACACCAGAGCUCAUCCCACCAUGACUCACGAUACUCGGACCUGGCCCCCAAGAAUUGGGACUUUCCGAAUGGUGGCCCUCCCCGGUAUCAACCAGCCGCAGUGGCGCCGCCACUGAGUACCGAGUACGAGCGACCACCCCCGUACUAUUACCCUGGGCCAGGGGAGCGGAAUUAGAACGCGGGAGCCGUGGCGUGUGCGAUGACGACCCUCGGCACCGUCGCUAUGAACAGUCUUACACGCAGUUACAAAAGGACCCUCGGUAAGAGGAAUAAACGGGAUUAUGUGUAGACACAAUCACCUCUUGACACGCCACGGAUAUAAGUCGGACCACGAAGAUAAAUCAUCUAAUGCUCCCUGGAUUGACUUUACUGAAAAAUCACUUUUGGAUCGCGCCAAAGCCUACGAUCUUUAUGUGACGCCCGAACGCCUGUGACGAAUCUGAUGCGAAUGAAUUCCUCUUCACCCCCUCUCUCUUACUCUGUCAUUAUAUCCUUUAUUUUAUUUUGCAUUGUAUAAUUCGCCAAAUAGGUAGUUACUAUUGCCUCAUUCCUUGCAUGAUUGUUUUACAAACGGAUGGAAAAAAUAACGAUUAAUAAUUUCUUUUAGAAUGUCAAGAAUUUGUAAAAAGAAUCGAAAAUAAACAUUCGAUACUGCCAAUCGCACAGACACUUACAUUAUUAGACAUUUGAAGCUUAUCGAUUCAUGAAAUUUUUA